GGAACUGAGGGACAACAAAUAGCUUCAGAGAGAUUGGGGCUGGGGUGGGGACCCUCCACACCAGGGAUGGCACACAUGGAGGCCAAUCAGGCUCUCCCACCUGUCACCCUGGCCCUUCUUUGCUUGGACGGCGUCUUCCUCUCCUCCGCCGAGAAUGACUUUGUGCACCGCAUCCAGGAGGAGCUGGACCGCUUUCUGCUGCAGAAGCAGCUGUCAAAGGUACUUCUUUUCCCCCCACUCUCCAGUCGCCUCCGGUACCUGAUCCACAGGACAGCAGAGAAUUUUGAUCUUCUGAGCAGCUUCUCUGUUGGGGAGGGCUGGAGGAGAAGGACAGUCAUCUGUCACUUGGAUAUCAGGUUACCCAGUUCAGAUGGACUCUCUGGCCCCUGCCACCCUCCUGCCUCCCAGCCUAGCAAGCACCGAGGACCUCGGCCCACCUCAAACCAAGGAGCACCUGCUGGUCCUCGGGGGGCGCGGGCUGGCCGGUGGCAUCGUGGACGCAAACCAGACCAGGCUUUGUAUGUGCCCCGAGUACUGCGCAGGCAAGAAGAAUGGGUACCACCCUCUACCCAAGGGCUCAAGGGAGAUGCUCCAGCUGGUGGGCUCCUGGAAGAGCCUGGAAAUGUUGGUGCUGAGGACCUCAACUCUGAUCAGGACCUCCCUGUGUUGACAACUCAGGCACCUGAGGACCUAGAGGGCCCAGACCAACGCUGUGACGAUGAACAGCUACUGGACCUAGUUGGCAUUGAGUCCCCACAGCCCGAGAGCCACUCAGGGACAGGACAUGGGUUGGAGGUGGCCACACAACUUGGGUCCAGUCUGAGGCUGGACUCAGAAGAGGCGAAUGGGAGUGAGGUGGAGAAGAGCCUGGCAGAGGAGGAAGAAGCAGAGUUGGAAGAGUUGGGGCUUGGCAGCUGCUCCGAGGAUGAUUACAGUGAGCUGCUACAGGAGGGUGCGAUCUCCCAGAUAACAGACAACCUGACUGAGAAGGAGAUUCAGGUAGAGAAGAUCCAUGUGGACACGUCCUCCUUCAUGGAGGAGCUGCCUGGAGAAAAGGAUUUUGCCCACGUGGUGGAGAUCUACGACUUUGAGCCGACACUCAAGACUGAGGACCUGCUGGCAGCAUUUUCCGAGUUCCAGGAGAAGGGGCUCAAGAUUCAGUGGGUAGAUGACACGCACGCGCUCGGUGUCUUUCCCUGCCUGGCCUCAGCCGCUGAAGCCCUGACCAAGGAUUUCUCUGUGCUCAAGAUCCGGCCCCUUACGCAGGGAACCAAGCAGUCAAAGCUGAAAGCCUUGCAGAGGCCAAAGCUCCUGCGUCUGGCGAAGGCGAGACCACAGACAAAUACAGCGGUGGCCAGGAGGCUGGUGGCCCGGGCCCUGGGGCUCCAACACAAGAAGAAAGAGCGGCCUGCGGUCGAGUCUUCUACCUCCCUGAGGCCCUGAGAGGCCCAGCAAGCCUGGAUCGGUGGCCCCAGGACGAAGCUGGUGCGCCAACACCACAAGCCUUUAUAGACACCGGAACAGCCCUGCACUAUUUGUCAGGGUGUCCUUGUUGGGUGUGGUGGGCUUUAGUUUGGUCUAGUUCCAGAAGUUGAGAAAAAAUAAAAACCUGACAGUUGUUUCCAAA